UUGCACGUCCCUUGGCCCUUCAACAUGUUCAACCUCGUUCGUCCUUUCGUUCACACUGCCUAGCGUUCAAUGCUUCAAUUUGGAGCAAUGAGUGCUGCAGUCACUGUUUCCUUGUACACCAAUAGCUGAGCUCGGUGGCUACCAUGGCUCGACUCCGCACACGACACAUUGCUUUAUGCGCCAUUCUCAUUCUAGGAAUCUUCUUCUUUCUACCUAGAGACGACCCGUCAUCCUAUCUCCCGCACUUCAGCUAUGGUUCCUCCUCUCGAACCGGUACAUACGCGCUCGCGCGGUACAUGAACGACCCUGACCAGAUUCCAAACAUCGUCGCACAGAACAGCAGCUUUGACUGGAGUUCAGUCAAAUUCGCGUACCCCCCUCCGCUCACGCCUAACUUGCCUCCACCUGUCGCCCACCGGCCCCGCAUCCAGCACCGAUUCAAGCGAGACCGCGCAGAUGUCGCCGCAGUACAAGAGCAGAGGCGCUUGGAAGUGAAGCGUGUCUUCCAGAAGAGCUGGGAAAGCUACAGAGCCAAAGCAUGGAUGAAAGAUGCGCUCAAGCCUAUAAGCGGACAGUAUGUGGACCAGUUUUCGGGCUGGGCUGCUACGUUGGUGGACAGUUUGGACACGCUGUGGAUGAUGGGUAUGAAAGUGGAGUUCUACGAGGCUGUGGAGGCUGUGGCUACGAUCGAUUUCGGAAAGAGCACGGCAGCUACGGUGAACACGUUUGAGACGUGCAUUCGAUACCUCGGCGGGCUUAUUGCGGCGUAUGACCUGAGCGGGCAUGAGGUGCUGCUACAGAAGGCUGUGGAGGUCGGCGAUCUGCUUUAUGCUGGUUUCAACACGGAGAAUGGGAUGCCUGUGGACUUCAUCAACUUCGAGAGCGCGAAAGAGGGGACGGGUCUGCGAGUGGAGACUCAGGUUGUCAGCGCGAGUCCAGGGACCAUUACACUGGAGUUCAGCAGGCUGAGCCAGCUUACGGGCGACAACAAGUACUAUGCAGCGGUGUCGCAGGUCAUGGACUUGUUCUACCAAAACCAGAAUGCGACGAGGCUGCCGGGCAUGUGGCCGAUGAUGGUUUCGAUGAACAAGAAAGACGUGGUGUUUGGCUAUCAGUUUACUAUCGGUGGUAAUGCAGACUCGCUGUACGAGUAUCUGCCCAAGGCGCAUGCACUACUUGGUUCGUCAGAUCCCAGUUCAAAGAAGUACGAGAUCAUGUCUCGCUAUUUCAUGAACACAGCGAUGGAUAGCCUCUUCUUCCGGCCCAUGAUACCAGGGGAUGAUGACAUUCUGAUAUCUGGCAACUGCGAUGUCCUGCAGGACGGCCCACACCUUGAUCCAGAAAGCGAACACCUCUCUUGCUUCAUCGGCGGGCUAUAUGCAUUGGGCGGCCGACUAUUCAACAACGAUGAGUACUUGAAUGUGGGAGCCAAGCUGGCUCGUGGAUGUGCGUACGCAUACAAGUCUUUCCCUACAGGCAUCAUGCCAGAACGCUACAAUAUGGCUCUCUGUCCUGGCGAGAACCACAGACAGGGUUGCAUUUGGGACGAAGCUGCCUUCGCCGCGGAGGCUGCAAAUCGCCCGCAGUACAAAACAGACCUCCCCAAGGGCUUCACUACCGCCAAAGAUCCUCGGUACAUCCUCCGACCCGAGGCUAUAGAGUCCAUCUUUAUCCUCUGGCGUAUCACCGGCGAUCCGUCGUUCCGCGCGACAGCGUGGGAGAUGUUCCAGGCGGUGGCAAAGGCGACAGAUACCGCGUACGCGAACGCUGCGAUCACGGACGUGAAUGCAUCUGGUGGAGGCGAAAAGGAGGACUAUAUGGAGAGCUUUUGGAUGGCGGAGACGCUCAAGUACUUCUACUUGUGUUUUGCGGAUACGGAUCUCAUUAGCUUGGAUGAGUUUGUGCUGAACACAGAGGCACAUCCAUUUCGCUUGUCGAGGGCGUAGUAUGGCACUGGACCGAAGGCAUGGGCAGGCGUUGGCGGCUCCUGACUCAUAUACAACACAGAUUUUAACAUGUCCUACAAGAUCCUCUGCAUGGUCUCCUGCAUCGAUCAUGCCGGACAAUGCAGCCCCCUCCGCUGACCCACUUGU